AUGCCUCGAAAAGAGAGGGAAACUUUGUGGCGUCGAUAUGCCGAGGAGAUGUUGAGAAAGCAAAAGUUUGAACCAGAUCCGAAGGAAGAUAAGCACACAGAUUCAAAAAAUAGAAGAACUAGGCUCUUGGUAGAAUUUACUGGUUGCUACUUUGCUAGUUAUGUUGGUCUCCCCGCUUUCUCCUAUUCUGUUAAGAGGUCAGGAUUGGCCAAGAUAUUGAAGAAGUAUGACAAGAGAACAGGUGGGUUAUUGCGCCUUCCAUUCAUUCAAAAGGUGCUGGAGCAACCCUUUUUUAUUACUGAUCUAGUAUCAAAGCUUGUCAAGCAAUGCGAAUACAUGAUAGAUACAGUAUUCCCUGUAGAGGAAGAAGAGAGAGUGAAAGAAGGAAGAGAAGCAAUAAUGGUUGCGGGAGAAGGGAUUUUCAGGAACACAAUUGCAGCUCUAAUGACCAUGCAAGAAAUUAGAAGAGGCAGCUCUACUUACAGCCAUUUCUCUCUGCCUCCUCUGAACUUGCCAGAUUCUGAUCUUAUUCAGUCACUCCACCUCAAUUCCCCUAUACCCAUUGUCUAA